AUGAAAAUCUCAGGUAGGACCUUCAUCAUCUCUGGCGGCGCGUCCGGCCUAGGCAAGGCUUGCGUGGAGGAAAUCCUCAGCCAUGGCGGCAACGUCGCGAUUCUCGACAUGAACGAGGAAGACGGCCAGGAUCUGGUCAAGGAACUCGGUCCCAGCAGUCGUUUCUUCACCUGCAACGUCCUCGAGACUGAAAGUGUCAGUGCCGCCGUCUCAGGCGCUGUUGCCUGGGCCCGAGAGACCGGCAAACUCAUCGGAGGUGUCAUCCCUGCGGCCGGCGUGUCUACGCCUGCGACAAUGCUGGAUCGCGAUAAUCAGCCGUUCAGCCUCGAUGACUUUGAGUUCGUCAUCAAUGUCAACCUCCGCGGGACGAUUGACCUUGUGAGACAAGCGCUACCCCACAUCGCUUCGCAACCGGCCUCAGAACCAGAUGGCGAGCGAGGCGUCGUCAUCAUGGUCGCAUCUUCAGCGGCUUUUGACGGCCAGAAGGGGCAGGUGUCCUACUCGGCGUCCAAGGGCGCCGUGGCGAGCAUGACCUUGCCCAUGGCUCGCGAUCUGUCGCGGCACGGAAUCAGAGUGGUCACCAUUGCGCCGAGUCUGUUUGAGAGUCGCAUGACAAGCAUGAUGAGCGGCAAGGUACGGAAAAGCUUGGAGAAGGCGAUGGAGUUCCCGAGGAGGAGUGGACGUCCUGAGGAGUUUGCCAGCUUGGUGAAGCAGGCGAUUGAGAACAUUAUGCUCAAUGGCGUUGUCGUGAGGUUGGACGGUGCAAUGAGAAUGCCCAGCAAGAUCGAUCAGGAGAUGGCACGUUACCAGGUUGCCGUGCUGGAUGACUACCAAGGAGCUGCCGUCAGCAAGUUCUCCUCACUCGAUGCGACCCAGUUCCAGGUCACGCACAUCCUCGAUACCCUGCCACCGUAUUCUCGUCCAGAUACCCCACAGCAUGCCAAAGAUGAGCUCGUCAAGCGGCUCCAACCCUAUCACAUCAUAUCUCUUCAUCUCCCUUCGUUUCAGUCCAUGUCCACCCUGGUAGCCGGCACUGCCAGCACACGGACCGCUCUGGGGACGCAAGGAGCUAGCACAGAUAGCACCACUCAGCACUGCGUCACGAUGAUCCUGGCAUUGGCGAGGAACGUUGCUGCCGAUGAUGCGAAUGUCAAGGCCGGGAAGUGGCAAACGGAUUUUGCUAUCGGACUCGCAGGCAAGACGCUGGGUGCCGUGGGCUUGGGAAGGCUAGGACUGAGCGUGGCGCGCAUCAUGCAUCUCGCCUUUGGCAUGAAGAUCUUGGCCUGGAGCACAAACCUCACACAAGAAGCUGCUGAUGAGAAAGCCAAUUGUUGUGGACUAUCUGUUCAAGACGAGCACGGCAACAAGACCUUCCAAGUCGUUUCAAAGACGGACUUGUUCAAGAAGUCUGACGUUGUCACCCUGCAACUCGUUCUCUCGGACCGAUCACGAGGCAUCAUCACCAAGUCUGAUUUGGAGCUCAUGCACGCCGGUGCACUCUUUGUCAACACGUCUCGCGGGCCUCUCGUCGUGGAGUCUGACAUUCUUGACGUGCUUCAAGCCGGAAAGAUUGCGGGUGCCGCAUUGGAUGUCUUUGACGUUGAGCCGCUGCCCAAAGACAGCCCUUGGCGUAGUCAGGACUGGGGAAGAGGCGGCAGAAGCAGGGUUCUACUGACACCCCAUAUGGGCUAUGUUCAGGAGGAUUCCCUCGGUAGAUGGUAUGAGCAGCAGGUUGCAAACAUCAAACGGUGGGUCAAAGGAGAGCCGCUUGAAUGUCUGCUCGCUUAA